AUGUCAUUUAAGCUUGGCACAGUACCGUUAAGGCGUACGUAUUUGUAUCUUCAACAAGGUACAAUACAAUUCAGGGACCGUGUAAAGGUAUUUGCUAUCGGUUAUAAGCAGUUUCCACGAGAUGACAUACGACAUAAAGGUGUUAUAGAAUUUGUUUUCUGGCAUUGGGCUCAAUUACAGUACAAUAAUCCAUAUGUUCAGUUGGUGCGGUUCACCAACAUUAGCAUUGUACCGUUUGGGAAGGCUUUCUUAGAUGAUGGUCGUGAAGUGUUGUUCGAUUUAGAAGGCAAAACCCGCGAGGAAAUUGAGGAAAUGUUUCGGACAACGUUGGGUAAAACGAAAGUUUCGUUGAGGCGAGAACGUUUAGAGAAAAUGUUGAGGACCGAUCAGUCAUUAUUUGGGAGGAAGUGUAAGAGGGAAUGUAUUUGUGAAAUACAAGGCCAGCAUCCAUGUACCUCACUGCUUUAUGCUCCUGAUUAUAUGAAAGGGAAGUGGCGAUGGAAUCAUAAUAUCUAG